UUCCGAGUUCCUGGCGCAGGAAGUGACGUUCGGAGCGGGAGAAAGGGUCAGGCCGCAGGGAGGAGGUUAUGGUGAUAAAGGAGGGGUGCAUGACGUCACGGCGGCCAUUACAGCUCGCAGGAGAGGCUUGGAAGCAGUGAGCGGUUUCCCGUGUGGCUGGCUGUGCGGAUCCCCCGUGCUGUGACUCCUCGCUCCCCCCUUGUAUCCCAGCCUCGAUUGGUCGGAAUUUGUCACAAUCCGAUCCAAGAGCCGGUUCGGUUAGUUAGGAGCUGCAUCGUUUUUUUUUGUUUUUUUUUCCCUGUCAUCGCUGUCGAGGCUUUCUUUUAAUCCACAUAUUGGUCGCCGCUAGCCGCCCUACAGGGGCCCUCCGGUGCUUAGCCGCCGGACAGCAGAUACCUCAACAUGGACGAGAAGGCAUUUACUAAGGAGUUGGACCAAUGGAUCGAACAGCUCAACGACUGCAAGCAACUGACAGAGAGCCAAGUGAAGACUCUGUGCGAGAAGGCAAAAGAAAUCUUGACAAAAGAAUCCAAUGUCCAAGAAGUGAGAUGUCCAGUCACAGUAUGUGGCGAUGUUCAUGGACAAUUUCAUGAUCUUAUGGAAUUGUUCAGAAUUGGAGGAAAGUCGCCAGACACAAACUAUUUGUUCAUGGGAGAUUAUGUGGACAGAGGAUACUACUCAGUGGAAACAGUAACACUACUUGUAGCACUUAAGGUCCGCUAUCGUGAACGUAUAACAAUCCUCAGAGGAAACCAUGAAAGUAGACAAAUAACACAAGUAUAUGGUUUUUAUGAUGAAUGCUUAAGAAAAUAUGGGAAUGCAAAUGUUUGGAAAUAUUUCACCGACCUGUUUGAUUAUCUUCCUUUAACUGCCUUAGUGGAUGGUCAGAUUUUCUGUCUCCAUGGAGGACUUUCUCCUUCAAUUGAUACACUGGAUCAUAUCCGUGCACUUGAUCGUCUGCAAGAAGUUCCACACGAGGGGCCAAUGUGUGAUCUACUGUGGUCAGAUCCAGAUGACCGUGGUGGAUGGGGAAUUUCUCCUCGAGGUGCUGGAUACACUUUUGGUCAGGACAUAUCUGAAACAUUCAACCAUGCCAAUGGCCUUACUUUGGUUUCUAGAGCCCAUCAACUGGUGAUGGAGGGUUACAAUUGGUGCCAUGAUCGGAAUGUAGUCACAAUUUUUAGUGCUCCAAAUUACUGUUAUCGUUGUGGUAACCAGGCUGCAAUAAUGGAACUUGAUGAUACUCUUAAAUAUUCCUUCUUGCAGUUUGACCCUGCCCCACGUAGAGGAGAACCACAUGUGACCCGUCGUACACCUGAUUACUUCCUGUAAAAAUAAUUUUACACUUGUACAGUAUUGCCACAAGCAGGAUUUUGACCUGAAACUGGGAAAAGCAACAGUAACUUCAGAGUCAGAGCGUUGUGUCCCAUAUAUGUACUGUUAUCAAAUGGACCAAAAGACGUGCCAUAUGAAAAUAAAAUCUAAGCCUCUCGUCUCAACAGCCGUGACCACAUUAGAAAGACCCUGUCCAUUGCAUGCUGAAGUGACAUUUUCAAAGAAAUUCCCAGAUUUCUGGCAUAGCACUACUUGUAGUUCCUUUUGCUUUCUCAGAGAGACUGCAAAAAAAACUUUAAGAUAUAAACAUUAACAAUUCAUAAUUUCACUUAACUUUCCAUUUAGUGAUAGCUUUACUCGGCAUGAUUGUAGAAAGUUUGAAAAUUAAACCCUCCAGUGCCACAGGAUGAUCCACGCCAGUUUUGUGGUCUCUUGGGGUUUGAAGGGAUUAAAGGACAUUUUUAAAGAAUAAGUAUCAUGGCCUCUGCAGACCUUUGUGACUUCAGAAAUGUUUAUUUUCAGGGAAUACAGUUUAAUUUAAGUUUUGGUUUUUAUAUAUAUAUUUUUCUCUUUAACCCCAUUCCACCCUUUCCUGCCUCUCAGUUGGUCUAUAUCCUAGAUGGUUUGAAGUUUCCUGUAAGACGCUGCUACAGCUCAUUGCUGUAGUGCUUGCUUUUUUUUUUCCUUUCUUAAUAAACUUGUGAACGAAGUCCUUAGAAA